AUGGACACUAGUGACACGUCUCGUCCUGCUCCACCUUCGUCUAUCUCUAAUACUAAUGGACUAUCAAGUACUCCAAUAGAUGCAUCAAGACCGGUAGUAUCUAAUGCAUCGACUGGUAUAAUUUCAGUCUCGAACGGUCUCGAGGAGAGUGAGAAUGACAGUGAAAACGACGAUCAUCGAGACCAUAAACGUCGUCGUUUACGACGAGGUGAUGCACUACCGUCUACUACCACGUCUAUGUCACAAUUGCAUCAUCAAGAUGAGACACAAAUGGAUCUUGACAGGGUGGAUGACGUAAUCGUUGAGCGACGAGAGACACUAGAGGAGGAGGAGGAAGAGGCGUAUGAAGAAGAGAUGGAAGAAGAAGAAGAGAUUGUAGACGAGCUGGACAUUGAAGAGAGAGAGCGACAAUAUUUUAGUGAAGAUGAACUAAACGAUGAUGAAGAUGGUGAAGAUUUGGGUGAAAAUGCAGAGAUGGACUAUCGACGGAUGGAGACAUUGGAUCGAUAUGAUACGACCAUGCUGGAUGGAAGACAAUAUGAGGAUAUGGACUUGGAUACGAGAAGAGCAGUGGAAGCAGAGUUGAAUCGACGAGAUGCACGUGAAGGACGUGUUGCACAUGUGUUGGAAGAAGAUCAAGAGAUGGAGCUUGAUGAUGUACAUCGACGACGUGUUCGACGGUUGGGACGUGAAGGAGAAGAUGGAUAUGAUGACAUGGAAGGUAGUGCCGACAUGGAUGACGAACUGAUUAACCUAGAACACUUUGAUGUGCCAUUGAGAGAAUGGAUUGCUACGGAACGGCCUCGGAGUGAGAUCAAAAGACGAUUUCGCAAUUUUCUCAAUACUUUUACGGACGGUAAGGGUAGAUUGGUGUAUCACGAGAAGAUUGUGCAGCUUGCACAGCGCAAUGAGCAGUCGCUAGAGAUUGAAAUUGGUGAUAUCAUUCACAACAUGUCAAUGGUAGCAGCAUGGCUAGUAGAAGCCCCAAAGGAUAUGCUGGCGAUUCUUGAUGACGUUGCUCAGGAAGUUGUGCUGGCACUAUUUCCAUACUACUCCACGAUUCACCAGCAAAUUUAUGUGCGUAUUCUAGAUCUUCCUGGUACCGAGCGACUCCGCGAUUUGCGUACGGCACACUUAAACUUCCUUAUAAAGGUGUCAGGAGUUGUCACUAGACGGACGUCUGUGUUUCCACAGCUGCAACUCGUCAAGCUAAACUGUCCCGGGUGUGGUGCGGUGCUAGGCCCAUUUACGCAACAGAGUCAACAGGAAGUGAAGAUUAGUGCUUGUCCGGAGUGUCAGUAUCGAGGCCACUUUCCCGUAAACAGUGAGCAAACAGUGUAUCGCAACUUUCAGAAACUGACGCUACAGGAGUCACCGGGUAGCGUGCCACCUGGUCGUGUGCCUCGUUCGAAGGACGUGAUUUUAGUUGGUGACCUAAUCGACAAGGCUCGACCUGGUGAUGAGAUUGCCGUCACGGGUAUUUACACCAAUACACCCGAUCCUACGCUGAACUUGAGGGAUGGGUUUCCCGUAUUUCGCACAGUAAUUGAGGCUAAUCAUGUCGAGAGGCGUGCUGAUGUGCUCGGCAGUCAGUUGCUCACAGCGGAAGACAAGAAGCGGAUUUUACGCCUUGCUAAGCAACCAGAUAUUGCACAGCGAAUCAUCAAUAGUUUUGCGCCAUCCAUCUACGGUCAUCAGCAAGUGAAAACUGCGUUGGCCCUGGCGCUAUUUGGUGGAAAACCCAAGUUCUUCAAGAACUCACGCGUGCGUGGCGACCUGAACGUGCUGAUGGUAGGAGAUCCUGGUACGGCCAAGUCUCAAUUUCUCAAGUUUGCGAUGCAAACUGCACCACGCGCCGUGUACUCCACGGGUAAAGGUGCCUCUGCGGUGGGGCUUACAGCUGGCGUUUCGCGUGAUCCUUUUACCAAGGAAUGGGUCUUGCAAGGUGGUGCAUUGGUGUUGGCAGAUAAGGGUGUUUGCCUGAUCGACGAGUUUGAUAAGAUGAACGAACAGGAUCGUACAAGUAUUCACGAGGCCAUGGAGCAGCAAAGUAUAUCUGUGUCGAAGGCUGGUAUUGUUACGUCGCUACAGGCACGAUGCUCUGUUAUUGCGGCUGCAAACCCGAUUGGUGGUCGGUAUAACGCUGCCCGAACAUUUGCAGAGAACGUUGAGCUCACAGAUCCUAUCCUGCAACGUUUUGACCUGCUUUGCGUCUUGCAGGACAAGGUUGAUCCUGUUGAUGACGAGCGGCUUGCUGACUUUGUCAUUUCCAGCCAUAUGCGCAGCAAUGCAAAGAAGCAUAGCGCAGAAAAUAAAGAAGAAGGUGCUAAUGAAGAAGACGAACUGAGCGCGAUGACGCAGUUCAUGCAGGUUGGAGACGACGAUGCCAGUAUGACGUUGGACCAGGAACUCCUACGGAAGUACAUUUUGUAUGCACGUACAUUCGUAAAUCCUGUUCUUGCGAGUGGGCUUGACACAGGAAAAGUGGAGGCAUUUUACGCGCAGCUUCGAAGAGCGUCACAGCAUACGGGUGCUGUACCUGUAGCUGUUCGGCAUCUGGAGUCGCUCUUUCGCAUGGCUGAGGCACAUGCGCGAAUGCAUUUACGUGAUUCCGUUGGCGACGAGGACCUGGCGCUGGCAAUUCGCGUGCUAACUGAAAGCUUAUGCGAUGCACAGAAGUUUACCUUCAAGCGCCAGUGGCGACGUCUGUUUCGACCGUACCUGACAUACCGCCAGGACAACAAUGUGCUGCUGCUACACGUGCUCCAUGAAUUGUUCAAAUCAGCCCAUGCGUAUCAGCAACUACGAUUGCAAACUACUGCGCAGUCAGGCCACCGUAGCCAAAAGGAGACGACACUUACCGUCCUGCGUGAUGAUCUACUGUCGAAGGCCAAGUCUGUUGGUAUAUACGAUCUCAGUGAAUUUUACGAGUCGACAGCGUUCAUCAAGGGUGGAUUUCGCAUUGAUGAAGCUACCAAGUCUAUCAUUAAAGACAUGUGA